UUUUUGUUUUUGUGUCUUGAGGAAGGGAUUGAAAGAAGAGAGUUAUGGUCUUGGUUUUUCUUCCAGCUCAAAACCACCACAACCACCGCCAUGGUACCUGGUAGAGGCAAAGCUCGAACCAACACUGUUCUCUCUCGCUUCUUUCUCUCAGGAUUUUACUGCUGGGGUUGGGACUUCCUCACUGCCCUUCUCCUUUUUAGUAGCCCUAGCACCUCCUCCUAAAUCCUAACUAAAUAACCCAUAAUUUAGUUAAAUCCCAAAACCAGAAAAAGGGUGUGUUUUUAGCUCAGUUACAUAGUGUUAAAGCCAAAGUUUUUUUCUUUAUUUUUUUGUUAAUCGGGUUUUUUUCCAUUGGAAAAAAUGGCGCAAAGGUCCGUUCCGGCGCCUUUUCUGACGAAGACGUAUCUACUGGUGGAUGAUCCGAGCUUGGACGACGUGAUAUCAUGGAAUGAAAGUGGGACGACGUUUGUGGUUUGGAAGACUCUGGAUUUUGCAAGGGACUUGUUGCCUAAAUAUUUCAAGCACAACAAUUUCUCAAGCUUCGUCCGCCAGCUCAAUACCUAUGGAUUUCGAAAGACCGUGCCGGACAAAUGGGAGUUCGCGAACGAGAAUUUCCAGCGAGGGCAGAAGGAGCUUCUGUCCGAGAUUCGCCGUCGAAAACCGGUGACAUCAACGGCGGCGCAGGCAGCGCUAGAUGAAAAAUCCGGAGGGCCAUCGACACCGUCGAACUCAGGGGAGGAGCUGGCGUCGACGUCGACGUCGUCGCCGGACUCGAAGAAUCCGGGGUCGGUGGAGACGGCGACGCUGAGCCAGGUGGUGAAUUUAUCGGAUGAGAACAAGAAGCUGAAGCGGGAGAACGAGAAUCUGAACUCGGAGUUGGCGCAGACAAAGAAGCAGUGCAACGAGCUGGUGGGGUUUCUGGUGAAGUACGUAAAGAUGGGGCCCGAACAGAUCAACCGCAUCAUUGGGCGUGGAAGCUAUGGGCCCACCUGCGAUGAUUUUGAACUGAACAAUCGUGGUCUUGGUCUUAAUAUGGACGGUGGCGAUGAUGACGAAGAAGAAAAGGAAGGACUGAAGUUGUUUGGGGUUUGGGUGAAAGGGGACGAGAAAAUGAAGGGGAAGAAAACGGGGCGAGAUGAGAAAUUGGGGGUUAGUGGUAUCAGCGGUGUUCCUCGCACGAAGAGGAUGAAGGGCGGUGUGGAUUUUCACGCGCCGAUGAUGAGGAGUGGGAAGGUGUGUAACUAGGCUAGCCGAGCAACCCCGAGCCAAGCGGAGCUAGCGGGAAACAGGGGAGGUUUACAUGGUAACCACUGUGCACUUGCCCACAUGCAGUGUGAAAAGUUUGUAGAAAUGUAAGUUUUUAUUUUGCAUAAAUAAAUACCAAAAAAAA